UCACACUUGAGAGUAUGCUAAACGGGGUUUGUGUCAAGUUAACUCUGAAGUGUUCCAAAUACGAAUAUUAUCUUAUCUUUAGUUGGGGAAUAAUAAAGAAAAAGCCCAUCCCUUACUUGACACUAGGGGCCGAUGGGUUAUGGCGGCUGUAUUGAUCCCAGCUGAUGACGGAGACGAGAAAAAGCAACUUUCUCAGGUUUUUCUGUGGGAACGUGGCACGCUCAGUUGUCACGCUGAGCUGUAGUCGGCAUGGCAUGAGUGCUUGGGAACGCAUGGAUGCAAACACAGCUGUUCCGCUUCACGAUAGGGAGAUCACCGUUACCGACAAACAUGGGCAGAUGAUAAAGGUUCCAGCAGUGAGCCGAGGUUUUGUUGAAGUCGUAUCCUGGCUCAAGUAUCGGCCAGCAAGAAGUAUAUUUAGCUUCGAAGAUGCCAUGGCAGUAUGCGCUGGCAAGACGGAAUCUCUAUGUGACAAGUACAGUGCCUCAAUUUCUGAAUGGAUGUCACGGAUGGUCUACAUCGAAGAAGAUUUAACGAAGGCGCUGCGGAUACCCUAUAACCGGUUCUGGUCUCAUGCCAUAUUUGAUGAUGGGUUUCAUCAAGUGUUGGAGUCAUACCUUCGCCUUGCCCCAAGGUAUGCUGAGCUCAGCCGUUACUUAAUCACAGAACAGAUGGAAAGGCUAGAAAACAACGUUAACAGGCUAGUUUUCCGCACGUUUCUGAGGUUAGCCACUCACAAGGAAUCGAAGCUUAACUUCAUUGACAAAAGGAAAUUUGGUGACAUGAUCUACGACAACUUUGUCUUCGACAUUCCCAAAGUGAUGGACAUCUGCACACUGUAUCAGCGAGGCAACUCCAGCUUAGUGUGCCGCAUGGUGGAAAAUAUUAUCAGUUCUCAACCCAACUACACAGCAGACAUCGCUGGUUUGGAAGACACCCUCAUAUUGGCCCUGCAGCGGGCCAGGGAGUCGUUGCAUUCUCCCGAUGAAGAAGCCGCCGAGCUGGGCAUGGCACCGCGGAGACUCGACGAAGGCAUUCAGGGUUCGGAGCUGAGUCGCAUGCCCCUCUCCACGCUCGUCGAUCGUGUCAGUUAUGCAGUAGACAUAGCCUGCAGCUCGCUUGCCUUUAUAGAGGUUUAUCCAACUGCUGCCAAGAUCUGGUCUCUGGAAAAGGUUGGACCUCAGUUGGCAGAAUUCUUCGACUCUACAUUCCCUGUCUUGAAAGAAGAACUCGUAAAGCGAAAUAGAAAGCAAAGCUUUGAGCCGGUGUUCACCAUGCUGAAGAAGAGGUUGUCUUAUGCAAAGACAUGUGUACUUAAAAUCUUUCGGGCUAUGCUUCAGCAGUCUUGUCUGCAGCCCCUUAUUGAAUUGGGACAGUGUGGUGAAAGAGGCAAAGAAAUUCCCUACCUGGAGUCCUUUUUUGAAGUCAUCUGCAACUGCCUUACGGAAAAACACUUUAUCUUUGCAUAUCAACAAAGAUACCCAGUGGAGGAGGACAUUCACAUGUUUGAUGAAUACAAGUUUGCUGUUGACCACACAAGUACAUUGUACGUUCUCCAGAGCAUCUGCAUGAUUUAUGAAGGCCUUGGAUGCAAGCCUCCUACGAACCUCUGUGCAGCACAGGAUAUGGCCACAGUCCCCAAAAUGAAUUCUGUGAUGUCCUUUGAUACCAAAGAAGUUACGCGAGACAAAGAAGAGAAAGCAAGCAAAGGGCCAUCUGAUUCCAAAUUAGAGUCUGAGAUAGCCAACUUGAAAGAGUUCUUUCCUGACCUUUCCACAGGGUUUAUCGAAAGUUGUCUUCAGUACUACAAUAAUAAUCAUGAGGAGGUUGUAAUGGCCAUACUGGACGACAACUUGCCACCAGAUUUGAGCAAGCAGCGACCAAGUAACUCUGUGGAGAAGCCACUGGUGUUUGAGCCGCGGAGUAUAUAUGACAACGAUGAAAUGGACAUCCUUCGCAGGGAUGAUGUAGACCUGUCUAGGUUUCAUAUGGGGAAAAAAAAUAAGACGCCAAAGUCUCUGGACGACCCGGCGCAUGAGAAGGUGCUCAAGGAAGUGUACGAGAGGUACAACAUAGUUCAGGAUGAAGCUGUUGCUGAAGAUACAUAUGAGGAUGAGUAUGACGAUACCUAUGACACAAAUGACGUUGGGUUGGAGGAGCCAUCACUAGAAGACGAGCUGACGUUGAGGAGACCCUUCACUGUGCCAAGAGUUCUGGACACGAGACCAGGUAGAAGAAAUGGAGACAACCGACAGGCCGAAUAUGAAGAAUACACUGAUGCUGUUUUCUUUCUUCAGCCUGAGCAGGCCCCACCACGUGACCAGUUUGUGGCAAAUCCAGCGGAGGUACGAGCCAGACAGGAACAGAGGUAUCAGGCAAGGCUGGAGCAACGUGGAGGGGCUCGGAGAAGAGACGUUCAAGGUGGUCCGAGGGGUCAGGGCCAAACGAGGGACGUUGUUAGGGACCGUCAAUACAAGGAAAGGCAUAAGGGAUCCUUCACACACAACCAGCGAUCUCAAGCUGAUUUCAAGAGAAGCCGGGGCAUGUACUCCUAGCGAUGCUCUUGUCCAUUCUGUGUGGAAUUUGUGCUGUACAUAGGGGGUUGAGUGCGUCUACUGGUUUUCCGAGUUCUGUGCACUUUUUUCAGGGUGUUCUGCAGGGGUGUCAAAGUGUGUGCCCACUUUUAAGAGUUUCAUUCUGACCAGAGUGCCUUCUCUGCGUGUACAUUAUACCUGAACAAUGCAUUGCGACUGGAAGGAAAUAAAUGCGACUGUUGGGAAA